CUUUCCACUAGAGUCAAAUUGACAAUGUCAGUUAAGCUUGUGACUUGUUUUCUGCUCCAGACCGCAGCAGCUGUCCUGGCGGGCGUUCUCUCGAUACCUCAGCCCAUCCAGUUCCAAGGCUCGCUAAUCAAUGAGUUCUCCAGACAACCACCGCGUCUCGAUGAUCGUAUUGUUGGUGGUCAUCCUAUAAACAUAACAGAUGCUCCAUACCAAAUCUCGUUACAAUUUAAGUUGGAAGGACUCUUCAAACAUAAUUGCGGUGGUUCACUGAUCUCGAAGGAGUGGAUACUAACGGCAGCGCAUUGUACUUUUGGCAAACAAGCUAAUCAACUACGCGUGCGGUUAGGUACCUCAGAAAAAAGUAGAAAUGGACAGGUCCUAAGAAUCAAAAAGAUUGUUAACCACGAAAAGUACAAAGAUAAAAUUUACGAUUAUGAUUUUUCGCUGCUGCAGCUGGAGGAACCAAUUGAAUUCGAUGAGACCAAGCAGCCUGUUCAGCUGCCGAAGCAGGGCCAAGAGUUCAAGGACGGCGAAAUGUGUUAUGUUAGCGGCUGGGGCGAGACACGAAACUCUACUGAGUCAAACGAAUGGCUACGCCAGGUGAAGGUGCCGCUGGUCAACCAGGAGGAGUGCAAAAAGAAAUACAGUCGAUAUAACGGUGUGACAGAUAGCAUGAUCUGUGCUGGCUAUUCGGAAGGUAGCAAAAAUGCCUGUCAGGCCGAUUCUGGUGGUCCAUUGGUAAAUGGGGACGGCGUGUUGGUGGGCGUGGUGUCCUGGGGCUCACUGUGCGCCUUGCCCAACUAUCCGACCGUAUAUGGUAGAGUAUCCCAUGUUCGUGAAUGGAUCAGGGAGCACAGCGGUGUUUGAUAAGCUAACUAACUAAAUAAAAAACCUACAAUAUGCAGCAAUAAUAAAA